AUGCUAUCUUCUCGUUUUUCAUGCUGCGCACGACUGAUUCGUGAUAAGAAACCUUCUUCAGUGUUCACUAUUUCAACUCGUGCUUUUAUUACUAGCUGGGCACAUAUUCCUCAAGGUCCACCGGAUGCCAUCCUUGGUAUCACUGAUGCCUACAAAAAAGACGUUCAUCCAAAAAAAAUGAAUUUAGGUGUUGGUGCAUACAGGGAUGAUAAUGGAAAACCGUAUGUUUUGAAUGCCGUUAGAAAAGCGGAGAAAAAAGUUACCCAAGAUCAACUUGAUAAAGAAUAUCUGCCUAUCACUGGUCUUUCCUCUUUUACUAAAGAAGCCGCUCUUUUAGCAUAUGGUAAAGAUUCUGAGCCAUUGCAAGAAGGGCUGAUAUAUUUUCCAACUCCGACAUGGGGUAAUCAUGGUGCAGUAUUUAGGGAUUCUGGAUUUGAAAUUGGCCAAUAUAGAUAUUUUGAUAAAUCGACAAAUGGCUUAGAUUUCGAAGGUUUUGUGGAUGAUAUCAAGAAUGCGCCCAAGAAUUCAAUCUUCCUGUUACACGCUUGUGCGCAUAAUCCUACUGGUGUUGAUCCUACGCCACAGCAAUGGGAUCAAAUUUCAACGAUUAUAAAAGAACGUGGUCACUUUCCAUUUUUUGACAUGGCCUACCAAGGAUUCGCGUCAGGUGAUAUAAAUCGUGAUGCGUACGCUAUCCGCAAGUUUGUCGCUGAUGGUCAUCGAAUAGCUUUAUCACAAUCAUUUGCCAAGAACAUGGGACUGUAUGGUGAACGUAUUGGUGCAUUCUCGUUGAUCACUGAGAGUUUAAAAGAAAAGGCUGCUGUUGAUUCACAAUUGAAAUUAGUUAUUAGGCCGAUGUAUUCGAAUCCUCCAAUAAAUGGUGCACGAAUUGCAAGUUAUGUACUUAGCGAUCCCGAAUUAUAUCAAGAAUGGCAAGCAUUUCAAUAUAUAUUUUACGAUUAUUUAUGA